GCCUGGUUAGCUGUCACCAUCACGCCUCGCCACAUCUAAAGCUAGCUAACUAAAUGUCUUAAUGCGAUGAACCGGGAAUUUAUUGAUCAUGGCUAACCUACGGAUUUCGUUGGCCGUCGUGGUUGUUCAGGCCGUCCUGUACAAAACCAGCGAAGCUCUGCGGUGUAAUUGCACCACUCCCCAGUGUGAGAAGACUGGCUUCCAGUGUGAGACCGAUGGAGCCUGCAUGGCCUCCACUUCACUCAUUGAUGGUCAAGAGCCACAUGUCCGUAGGUGCAUCACACGGGACAAUCUUGUGCCCCCUGGACAACCAUUCUUCUGCCUAGGUGCAGAGGGCCUGCUUAACAUCCACUGCUGCUACACUGACUUCUGCAACAGCAUCGACCUCAAAGUACCCUCAGUCACAACUCAGUCAGGACUCGGGGGAGGCUAUGGCCCAGGUGGAACGUGGGGGCUGGUGGAACUGGUGGCUGUGAUUGCGGGGCCGCUGUUUCUGCUGUGUCUGCUGCUGCUGAUGGGCGUGUUCCUGUAUCAGUACCACCAGAGGGCCUACAGCCACAGGCAAAGGUUAGAGGUGGAGGACCCCUCCUGUGACCACCUCUACCUGGCCAAAGACAGGACCCUGCAGGAUCUCAUAUACGAUCUGUCCACGUCUGGUUCAGGCUCUGGCCUGCCUCUGUUUGUCCAGCGGACUGUUGCCAGAACAAUCGUCCUCCAAGAGAUCAUUGGUAAAGGGCGUUUCGGGGAGGUGUGGCGGGGACGUUGGAGAGGUGGUGACGUGGCGGUGAAGAUCUUCUCUUCCAGAGAAGAGCGAUCCUGGUUCCGUGAGGCUGAAAUCUAUCAGACCAUCAUGCUCCGCCAUGAAAACAUCCUGGGCUUUAUAGCCGCUGACAACAAAGAUAACGGCACAUGGACCCAGCUGUGGUUGGUGUCGGAUUACCAUGAGCACGGCUCUCUGUUCGACUACCUGAACCGCUACUCUGUCACUACUGAAGGGAUGAUCAAACUAGCACUGUCUGCAGCCAGCGGCCUGGCACAUCUGCACAUGGAGAUUUUAGGAACCCAAGGAAAGCCAGGCAUCGCCCACAGAGACCUGAAGUCCAAGAACAUCCUCGUGAAAAAGAACUGCACCUGUGCUAUCGCUGACCUAGGCUUGGCUGUCCGUCAUGACUCAGCCACAGACACCAUCGACAUUGCGCCCAAUCAGAGAGUGGGCACCAAGAGGUACAUGGCUCCAGAGGUUCUGGAUGAGACUAUCAACAUGAGACACUUUGACUCUUUCAAAUGUGCUGAUAUCUAUGCUUUGGGGCUGGUCUACUGGGAGAUCGCACGCCGCUGUAAUAGUGGAGGUAUCCAUGAAGAAUACCAGCUGCCCUACUAUGACCUGGUUCCUUCUGACCCCUCCAUAGAGGAGAUGAGAAAGUUGGUGUGCGACCAAAAGCUACGACCCAAUAUCCCUAACUGGUGGCAGAGCUACGAGGCCUUGCGUGUUAUGGGAAAAAUCAUGAGGGAGUGCUGGUAUGCUAAUGGAGCUGCCCGGUUGACAGCCCUGCGCAUCAAGAAGACCCUCUCCCAGCUCAGCAUUCAAGAGGACAUAAAAGUCUGAACUAAGUCAGUGGAGCGCUGAUAAAAGAGCUCUGAGCAGGACCCGACUUCAGACUGUAGGACACUGAGAGGAAAGGGCCGGGCCUUGGACAGAGAACGCACAAAGUAAGAGAAAAUGAUGGAGAGUCGCACUUUGUAAAAUAUUCCUCCAUAGACACUCCUGCCAGUUUUGAAGCCACUUGAUUUCUGACAAACCCUACCUCGCUUACCCAGCCAAACUACCAAGAACACCUUUCCUGUAUUGUCCUCAGCUACUGCUGCCCUUUUUGUUCCUCUCUACACUCCGUACUAACAAGGAUCCUUGGAUUUCCUGUGUACUUGUAUGCAAUCGAUAGCAGGAUAUGUAAUUAACCAUUUAACAGUUUGAAAACCAGUUGCUAAUAUUUCCUCAAAGUCUCUAUGAUCACAGUCGCUUAAUAGAAACAGCAAUUGCUCUUUUUGUCUUUUAAAGGGGGCAGGUGAGAGGGUUAGGGGUGAUUUUUAACUUAUUUUUUCUUAUUUAAAUACCUAGAUAUUGUUAUUAAUAUAUGGGUGUUUGUGAGGCUUUUGUGCAGGUUUCUCUGUGCCGACUACAGCUUACAGGCACAUCACAAACUGCUUAGAAAUCCUUUAGAGACAAUAAUCCAUCUGACUCUGCUGCAGCUGUGUUGUUUAGUUGUCUACUGAUUAUCAUGUAAGCAUGUACAAAGCGGUUGAGGCAGUUUGUGUAAAUUCAGCUCGUUUACUUUCAACAAUGUGUUUAAAGCCUUCAAAGUCACUGGAGCAUUUCGGUUAAACAUGAUUUAGCCUUUGGACCACUUGCCUGGAGCUCUUUCCAUUUAGUGUCGUAAACCUCAGGUUACCCUUAUGCUCACCACUCAGCACCUUUUUUUGUCUUUUUAGAACCAUCUUAAGUGAAAUACACAUUAAGGAAUUAUAAGGCAAAAAUGUAUUUCACCAUGGCUACGUUCACAGUACACAGGGCUUAAUGCUGAAUUUUGAUUUUGAUUUCCCCAGAUCCGAUCUUAAGGCUGAGACUGUUCACAGUCAUGUUUGACGUGACCCUAAUCUGACACCAUUUCAGUCCACUAGUUCUGUUAGUAGCUUUUGCUGGCAGUUCUGGUUUGAGGGAGUAGUCUGGAAAGGUGGAGCUGCAAUGUGAAUUACUAUAGAGGCAACAGUUUAGCAUGUCCAGGGCUACAAUCCAAUAUGUGGCACCUCCUGAGAAUUUUAUCAUAGCAUAUAGGCAAGCUGUCCCUCAUUCUCUGUUUACUGGUGAUUGAGGCAGCCUACUGUAGCUGAGGUAUGGCAUGGCAUCCUUCUAUAGUUUCAGCGGACCGCUUUGCUGUUAAAAUGUGUUCCCCUGUUGAAUAUUGUUUCCCCCCUGUAAAGGUGUAGCUCACCCCUUAGUGGUUAAGCGUUAGGGCUAAGGGUUUGUUUUUGGUAGGGGAAAUGCAUAUAGACUGGGAAACAGUCUUUGACACAACACUGGCACUGUACGGUGAGUGAUCCACGCCUGCACAGUUAAGUGUGACAUGGAAACCCAUGGAUGUAUGGGAAAAACAGACAUGAAAUCUGAUUUGUGUCAAAUGUGAGCACAAAAUCUGAUUUGGGCCACAUUUGCUUAUAAUGUGAACAUAGCCUAAGAUGGAGGGUUAAAUGUAGAGCAACAGCUGCCAGGGAGUUGAUACUGUGUGUUUUGUCCUUGAUUUUAGCUGAAACACUCUCUGGCUUCAGAUUGGGAUGCUUCUUGCAAAGCAUGUGUAAAAUAUUGAAAUGGUAGUAAUAACAUCUGAAAGCAGCCACUGUCUCUCAAUCAACCCACAGAACAAAAACCUGCCAUGGGAGUUACCGUUGCUCCAGGCACUCAGAUAAGCUGGUACAUACGACAUUCAGAUAAGCUUUCAUCCUUUGCAGCAGCCAAUCCUAUUUACACUGUUCUUAAAAUAAAGGGGCAAAUAUGUUUUGUUUUUAAAUACACUAACUCCAGGAAUCUGAAUAAUACUUUGUUUUUAUAUUAUCAAAGCAUGUCCAAUGUUGUUUUCCCCUCAGGGCGCAUUUCCCCUGGCCAGGUAUAACUACUGCACAUAACCUAGCUUUUUAAGGUGAUAUUUGUGUAUAUAGGACAGUUGAAUUAGAUUUUAUGUUGAUAGUUAGCUCAUGUUUUAGAUGGUUGAAUCUUUUAUAUCUGCUUUUUGGUUGGUGGGAAGAAAAUUACUUUUGUCUUGCUGUUUGUAAACAGAAUUAUGUACAAAUCUACUUUUUGACCUCUGAAGUGACAUCACUGUAUGUAUCAGACACACUGCUUAUGUUGUGUUUCUCCUUUAGCCCGCGAUUACUGCAGAGCAGCAUAGAGUGCUGCAGGGAUGAUGUUGUUUUGUAGGCCAAUGCAGAAUUUAGUGUUGCACUGGUUUCCUCGUCAAAAAGCCAGAAGAUUUUUGAGUAUUACAGAAAAAAAACUCUGUGGCAAACACAUUUUGUUCAAUCUCCACCCAAUUAACACCACUUUGAUCAUUUUUGAGGCAUAAAUGCAAUUGCCAGGAAUAAAAAGCUAACACUUGGCUGUCAACAAAGUAAGCAACAGUCCUAUGUAGUUUAUUUAAUAUGUGUAUAAAAAAAACUGUAUGGAUUUUAAAAGUUUUAAUUAGAAGCUGAUGGUGGCUUUUGAACAUUUCUCCCCUACUAAAUUGCAACAAUCAUACAUAAAAGAGAAAAAGAUAAACAAAGAUAGUACAAGUGAUCAAAGUUUCAAGACUAAGCAGUAAUACAGAAUUGAUAGAAAUGUAUAAAUAACACUGAAGUUUCAGAUGAGAUGCAUUACAAAUGAAUCAGUGUGUUACAAAUCUUUGCAAAUUAUAGGUCUUUUCAGAUGUUUUUUGAAAAAUGAUAAUGCAGAUGUUGAUUGUCUUGAUGGAAGUAGGAUGAUCCAAAGAGCCUGCCCUCUGUAUUUUAAUGAGUAUAAUUCUGAUGUCAUCGUUGGCACCAAAACAAGAAUUUUUAAGUCAUUUUUGGUGUUAAAAAUCACCUUUUUUAAGACAUGUUAAAGCUUCAAAAUUUGUAAGUGGGGUA